AUGGAAGCUUACUGUUUUUCAUUAUCCUCCUCACACUCACACUUUUCCCUACACUCCAGACACCAUCCUUCAUCUUUCUCUCUCUCAACCUCCACGCCCAUUUCCUGCUCCCUAAAACCGCCUCCCGACUCCAACAACUCAGCCUCUCCCGCACCCGCCCCCUUCCGCCGUCCCUCUAAACCCCUCAAAAUCAAAACCACAACCACUCCUCCCCCUAACCCUAACCCUAACCAUAAACCCGCACCAAUUUCAAAUCCUCUCAGAAACCCCUUCCAUUCCUCCAAUCCCCUCACUAACAAGCUUUGGCUCACAAGCAAACUAUCUCCUCCACCACCACCGCCACCUCCUCCUCCGCUUCCACGUGAGGCGGAAUCAGAGGCUGAAAUCUCAGAAGAGGAUGUUGAAGACGGUGAAGGUGAAGUAGAAGGCGAGAGCUCCCGGACUGAGUUCCGGCAGCCAGGGAAAAUCUUUGUAGGAAACUUACCAGGGUGGGUGAAGAAACCAAACGUUUCGGAAUUCUUCCGGCAAUUCGGACCGAUAAAAACCGUGAUUUUGAUCAAAGGUCACAAUGACACAGAGAGGAACGUGGGAUUUGGGUUUAUUAUUUAUGAUGGCGAAACUGCAGAGAAUUCAGCCAUGAAGGCUGUGGAAUUCGAUGGUAUUGAGUUCCACGGAAGAGUCUUGACAGUUAAACUUGAUGAUGGGAAGAUGUGGAGGGAGAAAAGACUUGAGAGGGAAAAGUGGUUGCAUGGGAAUGAUGAGAAGGAGUACAGGUCCACAUGGCACGAGGAGAGGGAUGGUUCCCGGAUAGAGUUUCAGAAGGUUAUGGAAACUGCGCCGGAGAAUUGGCAGGAGGUUGUAAGUGCUUUCGAAAGAAUUAAGAAGCCUGCCAGAAAAGAAUAUGGCUUGAUGAUUAAAUAUUAUGCACGACGAGGGGACAUGCAUCAUGCACGUCAAACAUUUGAGAGCAUGCGCGCGAGAGGAAUUGAGCCAUCUUCACAUGUGUACAGCAGUCUUAUUCAUGCUUAUGCAGUUGGUAGAGACAUGGAAGAAGCAUUACAUUGUGUUAAAAAGAUGAAAGAAGAGGGCAUUGAAAUGAGUAUAGUGACGUACAGUAUAAUUGUGGGGGGAUUUGCUAAAGUAGGCAAUGCUGAUGCUGCAGAUAACUGGUUUAAGGAGGCCAAAGAGAGGCUUCCAUCUUUAAAUGCAGUCAUUUAUGGUAGCAUAAUUUAUGCGCACUGUCAAGCUUGCAAAAUGGGUCGAGCUGAAGCCUUGGUGAGGGAAAUGGAAGAACAAGGGAUAGAUGCGCCUAUUGACAUAUAUCAUACCAUGAUGGAUGGUUAUACAAUGGUUGGCAAUGAAGAGAAAUGCUUAAUUGUGUUUGAAAGACUUAAGGAAUGUGGUUUUUCUCCCUCGAUUGUCAGCUAUGGUUGUCUUAUUAAUCUUUACACCAAGAUAGGAAAAAUUUCUAAAGCAUUGGAGAUUAGCAGAGUGAUGAAAACUCUUGGUAUAAAACAUAACAUGAAGACCUACUCUAUGCUGUUCAAUGGGUUCGUGAAAUUGAAAGAUUGGGCCAAUGCAUUCUCCAUAUUUGAAGACAUUACUAAAGAUGGUUUGAAGCCUGAUGUAAUACUUUACAAUAAUAUUGUAAAAGCUUUUUGUGGGAUGGGUAAUAUGGAUCGUGCCAUUUGUAUUGUGAAGAAAAUGCAAAAGGAGAGGCAUAGACCCACAACACGUACCUUUUUGCCCAUUAUACAUGGUUUUGCUAAAAUCGGAGAGACAAGGAGAGCCUUGGAGAUUUUCGAUACGAUGAGAAGGAAUGGCUGCAUUCCUACUGUACACACAUACAAUGCUCUUAUUCUUGGCCUUGUUGAGAAGUGUCAGAUGGAAAAGGCUGUACGAAUAUUGGAUGAAAUGAAUUUAGCUGGUGUUAGCCCAAACGAACACACAUAUACAACUCUUAUGAAAGGUUAUGCUUCGCUGGGUGAUACUGAAAAGGCCUUUCGGUAUUUCACAAUAUUGAAGAAUGAUGGCCUGGAGAUUGAUGUAUAUACUUAUGAGGCAUUGUUGAAGGCAUGCUGUAAGUCUGGCCGAAUGCAAAGUGCCCUAGCUGUCACAAAAGAAAUGAGUGCAAAGAAGAUUCCAAGAAACACCUUUGUCUACAACAUUCUAAUUGAUGGUUGGGCUCGGAGAGGUGAUGUUUGGGAAGCUGCGGACCUGAUGCAACAGAUGAGAAAGGAAGGUGUUCAACCGGAUAUUCAUACCUACACUUCUUAUAUAAAUGCUUGUUGUAAAGCUGGGGAUAUGCUGAAUGCAGCAAAGAUUAUUGAAGAAAUGGAAGUGCGUGGUAUAAAACCAAACCUCAAAACCUACACCACUCUUAUACAUGGUUGGGCACGUGCUGCUUUUCCAGAGAAGGCUUUGAAGUGUUUUGAAGAGAUGAAAGUGGCUGGAUUGAAACCAGACAAAGCAGUGUAUCAUUGUCUUAUGACAUCUUUGCUAUCCAGAGCUACCGUUACUCAAUCGUAUGUUUAUAGUGGACUCUUGUCUAUAUGUAUAGAGAUGAUAGAAUCUGAGAUUACUAUUGACAUGGGAACUGCAGUCCACUGGUCGAGAUAUUUGCGCAAAAUUGAAAGAACUGGAGAACUGACUGAAGCCCUACAAAAGACAUUUCCUCCUGAUUGGACCUCGCAUAAUAUUCUUGCUGCCAACUAUGAAAUAGGAAGUGCUAAUCCUGAAAUUGAUGAUCAGGGUGAUGAUGAUAUUGUUUAUUAUCCCAGUGAAAGUGACGAUGAUGAGUGCACUCAUGAUGGAGAUCAUGGUAAUGAUACAUGUGAUGAUUUUUAA